AUGGCACCGCUACCCCAGAUACCACAAUCGUUUUCCCCAGUGCAGUCGGAUCCGAUGUUUCGGUGGAAUGGUGUGGAAGGAGGCAGCUUUGGUGAUUCCGGAACCCCCGGCAUGAACUCCUUCGCCGCAAUGCUCCCGACAGCGACCCCUUACGGGCAAACAAUCCCGGCAUCUUCAAACGCCCUCGCACGGCGACAGAACAGCCGGGCGCUAGUUCCCACAGCCCCGAGGACCCCGUUUGACCGCGGCUCUGACGGAUGGAGCGGAUACGGCGAAGACCCGGCCUACCUUCAACAAACAAAUCCGGGUUCGGAUGAGCACGACAACGUCGAACGGCUCGAGGAGAUGGCCCAAAGGGCAAAGAGGGAAGCGCAGGCAAAGAGAAAACAGAUACCACCCUUUGUCCAGAAGCUUAGCAGUUUCUUGGACGAAUCGAGGAACACCGACUUGAUUCGCUGGUCUGACAAGGGCGAUUCGUUUGUUGUCCUGGACGAGGAUGAGUUCGCCAAGACACUGAUCCCCGAGCUCUUCAAACACAAUAACUACGCCUCGUUCGUGCGGCAGCUCAACAUGUACGGCUUUCACAAGCGUGUGGGACUGUCUGAUAACUCAAUGAAAGCGAGCGAGAGGAAGAAUAAGAGCCCAAGCGAAUAUUACAAUCCGUACUUUCGCCGCGGCCAUCCUAACCUCCUAUGGCUGAUCAACAAACCCAAGAGCGGCAACAGCAAGAAGAAGGGGAAGAAGGACGAAGUCGAUGUUGAGAGCGAAGAAGAAGGGGUGGAGGAAGCCUAUAGCGCACCGAAUCUCGCGGCUCCCCAGGCAGCUAGAGCAUCUGUUUCCCACGAACUCAGCCCCUUGCAGAGGAAGGACUUGGUGCAAGUCAAGUCACAGAUUGAGAGGAUCCAGCAGCAGCAGGUUGCUAUCUCCAACAUGUUGAAUAAGAUGCGUCAGGAUCAGAGCCAGCUCUACCAGCAGGCCCUCCUCUUUCAGAACAUGCACGAGCGCCACGAGAACUCGAUCAACGCCAUACUCAACUUCCUGGCCAACGUAUUUAGAAAAUCGUUGGAAGAGCAGGGUGGGGCGCAAACAGUACAAGAUCUUCUGGCAAGUAUCAUACCGAAUGGUCAAGGACACCCUCAAACGCAAAUCUCUCCAACCAGCGGCGUCGUUGACCUCGGCGGAUUCGUCAACCAGCGGUCUCAAAACGUCAGCACGGCAGGCACUCCGAAGCGACAACCACGUCUGUUACCCCCGAUUCCCCACCCUCAAGCAACAAAAGCGAGCACGCUACCAAGUACCUCCGCGCCCCCACCAGCACCACAAGCUUCGCACCAGGCCCCCCAGAUGGGGACGGUUACCGAACUCUUCGACACCUCGCCUGCGGACACAACUUCCCCAUCUUACAUUAAGAACGAGCUGCGGAGCAACCCUCAGGAAGGCAUGAUGAAAAUUAUCCAAGACACCAAUGCCGUCAACAACACCUCUGGGUUCGACCUCCCUGACGUGGCCGCCAAGACCCCCGCGAGCAUGAGCGAUGACCAACGUGCACAAAUGCUCAACAUCAUGGCCGGGAGUAACCCAAUCGCCACAACAGCGACGACAGCAGUCAACGGAAUCCCUGCCGUCAGCCCGACCGCCCCGGGGGCUUGGGAUGGGAUGGGCAUGUCGGGCGCGGCUGAUGGGACGGAUUUCAACUUUAGCUUGGACGAUAAUUCUGUGGGUGACUAUCUCUCCGGUAACGGGGGCGGGGGCGUUGGCGGGGUUGUCGGCGGUGGUCGCGCGGGCGGUGGUGCUGGUCAGGCCGGGGACGGUGGUAAUGCGGGGUUUCAGCCGGGGCGAGUCUUUGAGGCAACGUCGCUGAACAAUACCCCUAGCCCGGCCGGCACUGAGGAAAUCACCAGGGCGGACCUUGACAGCCCGGACAGAGGCGCCAAACGGCGGAGGAAGGAUUAG